ACUUCUACAAGGAUUCACACUGGAUCCGACAUAUCCGACCCUGCCAGGUGCAUCGCAAUGGCCGUGGAGCGUCGGCCGUCGAGCUCAUCACGUUUGUGCUGCUGAACCCGCGUGGGCACCCAACAUGACAGGCAAGCAGUGUCAGGCGGAUGACAAUCAGUCACGAAUUAAACUGAUAGCGGACAAGCGCAGGCUCCUGGAAAUCAAGUCCGCCCAGGUUGAGGCGGAAAUCAGGAGCUGUUUCGAAGACCUGUCGAAACUCCUGCGAUCCAGGGAGAAGCAACUACUGCGUCAAGCCGAGGCCGUCCACAGACAGCAACUCUCGCUGAUAGAAACUUCACUGGACUUCGCGCCGUCGUCAGUAGCCAUCCUGAACGACAGGAUCAAGCUAGAGGAACAGAUACGACAGUUCGGCAAUAUCGAGACACACGGAUCCAACAGCAUUACGGUGAAGGACGCGGAGCCGUACAAGGUUGUGGACUAUCAGGACGCCAAUAAGGACCACGUUAGUUUUGACAAGUCGAUCACCAAGAAAUCCAACCAGGAAAAAGCCAGGGAUCGUCUGAGCCUUCCACGUUGCAAGGAUUUUGUAUCUGACUACAGGACCGUGCGUAUCUCAAGCUUGCCCUCCACAUUCCUCACUGAUAAUCAGCUGCGAGACUCGCGGAACGUGAAGACUAACGCGUUGAAGAUUUUUAAAGAUACCCUAUCCAUAUCGGGAUGCUCGCCGCUUUUGAUUAUAAAACGCAAACUUGGCCUGACGCACGUGUCUCUGGACGGACUGCACGCUUUCGACAAGGCGUAUUCACGGAACGUACAGGCCUUCGGGGUGUCCUGCAAGACCACGGAGUCCUGCGAGCAGGACGCGUUGUCGUCGCGCGAGACGGUUGAAAGUAAUUCGCGGGAAUUUGACAAGAAAAUCUUGGAUCGGGAUGAUCCCGAAUUAAUUAGACGCCCAAAGGAGCGUGAGAGAAGCUACGAACAUCCGAUACAGGUGCAGCAAUGGUUGCAGCAGAUACUCGCGGAGACUGAAAUAGAGCCCGCGAUCCACGAGAUCGGGCAGUUUUCCGAGAUAUCCAAGGCAAAGCUCUGCAACGAGCUGUAAUCCUAUUCGCCGAUCGAAUUAGACAUUCUUGUGUUUCAAUUGGGGCCAAAGUUUCCAAAACGAUGGAAAGCAAACUGAAAAGGCUGAUCUACCUUAGAAUUGCACGCCCGAUUCUUUUAAUUUAUACAAUCUCUUGUAAAAUAAAUUGAAAAGACACUCUUGCAUUGUAGCUUUUCCGUGAUAAUGAAGGAACGUAAGAAAGGAUAUCGAAUACGAGUGACAAAGAGAGAAGGAAAAGAAGAGAGAGAGAGAGAGAGAGAGAGAGUAAAAGAUUUAUUGUGUACAUCGAUAAACUUUAGUACCUCUGCCACAGAUGCUUAAUGUGGUAUUUCUUGUUCAUACAACGAAUACUUUGUCGUUCUUGAGACAUCAAACAAAUUGGUUAGUGCCCUUUUGAAAAAUGCUGUGCUUAAAAGUCCGAAUUAUAUGUAAUUUUUUUUAUUGAUAAGACUGUUUUUAUUCUGCUAAAACUAUCGCGUAUUUAUUUUACCGUGUAGAAGUUUUUUUGUUUAUAUAGAAAGUGCUACGUGUGCUUGUUGGUCAAUGAAUUUUGACAGCAAAUAUAUUAUAAAUGCGUAAUCUUAUUGCGACAGUUUCUUCAAGUGAUAAAUAAAACUUUUUUAUAAAUAAAACUCACGAUUGUAUGAUA